CAGGGUCUUGUUGAUUGCACAGCUGUAGUACGCGAGUUGUUUUGCUGGACGAGCUCACAUUGUGUGUGUGAGGGUGUGUGUGUGUGUGCCUUGUUUGUGUGUAAGCGACUAACCCUGGGGGGCUCAUGCACGAAUAGAUCGAGAGCUAGAGCGCGCGCUGACAGUAGUAGAGCUAGAGCAGUGCUAUAUACUCACAGGAUAAUAACAUAUACACAGAUACAGUUGUAGUACUAGUAGUUACAUGUCGUACAACUCAAGCAGUAUCAUACCUAAUUUUCUGAACAUUAUAUUAGUACAUUAUUGUGAACAUAAAGGAUCAUUAUUUACUGGAAGGAACUUUUGACUGAUUUGGAAUGUAUUACAUGGAAAAGAAUACUUGGACACCAUCAGCAAAAUUGCAAUGUUUGGAUUGAUCAGUCAUACUCAAGCAUUUGAAUUAGCGAUGUUGUCUUUGGUCUGUUCCUCACAAUAAUCUUAGAUGCCCUUUCGGAAACACAAGCUCGCUAAACUCCGGAAAGUAGUGCACGUCUUCUGCAGGAUAAAGCGAAAGUUACAACGGAAGAUGGAGAUGAACAAUCAGAAUCCUGGAGCGGAGAAGGAUGAGAUGGAGCAGCAGGUUCAGCAGCGCACUUGCAACAGAAGAUCCAGUUUUCUUGCCAGUCAGGUCUCAAACUCCGCAGAGUCAUAUCAGAACCUCUUGGAUGGUAACCAUUGUUCCGUCAAUACCGAAACCCUGGAUGUUAUACAACCUGAUAGUCCUACGAUAGCAACUAACUCAGUAGCAACCUCAAUAUCAUCAUCUCCGUCCCUCUGGUCCUGUGACAACUGGCAUCGUGGUGCAACCGUACGAGACAGAAAUGCUGUUAUGUUCAACAAUGAACUGAUGAGUGAUGUUACGUUCUUGGUUGGACCUAAGAAUACAGCUCAAAGGAUACCUGCCCAUAAGUACGUCCUUGCAACAGGGAGUUCAGUGUUCUUUGCCAUGUUUUAUGGAGACCUAGCAGAGAAUACUUCUGAGAUUGUUACACCUGAUGUAGAGCCAGAAGCUUUCCUUACCCUUCUCAAAUACAUGUACUGUGAUGAGAUUGACUUAACUCCAGAGAAUGUUUUGGAUACCCUCUAUGCUGCAAAGAAAUAUCUCGUACCUCAUCUGGCCAGGUCAUGCGUUGAGUACUUGGAGCGAAGUCUGAGUGCACGCAAUGCAUGUGUCCUGUUGAGUCAAAGCCACUUGUUUGAAGAACCGGACCUCAUGCAGCGAUGUUGGGAGGUUAUUGAUGCCCAGGCUGAAGUAGCUUUGGGAUCAGACAGUUUUGUGGAUGUUGACCAGGAUACUUUGGAGUGCAUCCUGAAGCGGGAGACCUUGAAUGUCAAGGAACUUGUCCUCUUCCAUGCAGCCAUGCGUUGGGCAGAUGCGGAGUGCUCCAGGCAGGACUUGGUGGUGACUCCAAACAACCUCCGCAAGGUUCUAGGUUCUGCUCUUUAUCUUCUUCGACUCCCGACAAUGCCUCUCAAGGAAUUUGCCAAUAGCGUAGCUCGUAGUGGUGUCAUCACUCUUGAAGAAACCACAGAUAUAUUUCUACACUACACUGCAGACAGUAAGCCCAAGCUCCGCUUUCCUUGCAAGCAGCGCGCAGGACUGCGAACCUGCACGGUGCAUCGCUUUCAGUCGUCCGCCUACAGGAGUAACCAGUGGCGUUACAGGGGUCGGUGUGACAGUAUCCAGUUUGCCGUUGACAGGCGGAUAUUCAUCGCUGGCUUCGGGUUGUACGGCUCCAGUUCAGGUGGUGCAGAGUACAAGGUGAAAAUAGAACUCAAGCGAGGAGGAAAGAUUCUUGCCGAGAACAAUACCAAGUUCUUUUCAGAUGGAUCCAGUACCACGUUUAUGGUCGCGUUCCCACACCCCGUCCAGGUCGAACCCCAUGUGUACUACACAGCAAGUGCAACACUAAGUGGAAGUGAAUUAAGUUAUUUUGGACAGGAAGGACUGACAGAGAGUACCAGCAAUGAUGUGACCUUCCAGUUUCAGUGUUCUCCAGAAAGCACGAAUGGGACUGGAGUCCAAGGUGGUCAAAUACCUGAGCUCAUAUUCUACGCAUAAGGAAUGGACCUUCAUAUUACACUAUGCAGCUACAGUAUCUCUCCAUCACCUACAUUUAGUUCAAAUGAUUAAUGAUUGAAUUUUGAAUGGAUGAAUUUGUAACAAAUUUGAAUUUGAAUCAUUUGAUUGCUAUUUAUCUCUCUACAGAUUUUUAUCUGAAAUAACAACAUUACAUGAUUCAAUUGCACAGAUACCAGAUAAGUAGAAAGUAUCAUUCUUGAAUAAAUGAAUUUCGAUUAAUUACCAGUCACUAUUUGUGUAAAUCAGAGCAAUUCAUUGGGUUCGUUUUUACAAAAUUACUGUGUUGUUAUUUCUCCAUUCAGUUCUAUUGGAAAUGUGUCAGUAUUUAUUAUUCUACUAUAACAAUAAAAAGUUGAAAUAAAUAUAAGUUUUGAAAUCCAUCACUUUGUGGAAAUCCAAAUUAAGGCUAGCCUCAUAAUUUGAAAAUAUAGUGUAGAAGUUGAAGACCAGCUGACAAUGCUACCAUAUCUCAUAAUGAACAUUUUCUAUUGACCCAGUCCGGCCCCAAAUAAAAAUGGGCACAGUUUCAGAUACAUGGAGGAAGUACAUAUGUAUACAUGUAGAUGUCCAUGCAGGCAUGCAUAUAUUGUAAUUUUUCUGUAUCAGCAGUGAUACUGUACUCCCUUUAUAACAAGGGAUUAUUAGAAUAAGUAAUAUUUGUUAAUGGGUACAAAGGUUACUAUAUACAUGAUGAAAUAAAGGCAAAAUACAAAUUUUCUCAAUUUCUAAUAUAUACUGGACUGCAAGCAUGAAUGUAAUCAUUGUAAUGACCAUCUUCACUGUGAUGUGACUCUAAAAUUAUUUCAAGAAUAGAAUAAAAGAUGUCAGGGGAGAGGAAAUGUAAAAAGGUGUUUCUCAUAUAAAAUGGAAAUGCAAUACUACACUAGAAUUGUCAAUGAGAAACUCGAAAUAAUUUCUUCCAGUCAUAUACACAUUUCCAUGUCAAUGAAAUGGAUUUGCUACACUCAUACCAAAAUUUAUACCUUAUUUCUAUUUAUAAUUAUUAUAUAUCUACAUUUAUAAUUCUUAUUUAAUUUACUUAAAGAUUGAAAUGAUUUAUACAUUACAGGCACUAAAUUUUGAUAAUUUUUUUGCAUAAUUAUUAUAGAAUUUGGUUUGGCUGGAUCGCAUACCAAAAAUUGUCAAUAAUAGUGCAUCUUUUCUAAAACUCUACUCUUUCAAAUUCUGCCCCAUUAUUGCAGUUGAUAGUUUUGGAAUUAAUAAUUCACUGAAUUCCUCAUACCUAGCUCUAUGAUGCAAACAUUGUGGGAAACAUAGUAUUUGGAACACAAAAUAGGCUAAUGAUGCUGUGAUGGACAAUGAUUGAUAAAGGUAUUGUCACUUCAAAACAAAUGAAUCGGAAAGUUAUAAUUUACGACAGUUGAUAGAUCCAUUGUCCAACAUGGAAACAAGAACUUGUGGGUCAUUUGUUUAGAAUUUUAUGACUUGUUAAUCUGUCAAAUGUCUAAAAUUCCAAACCUACAUAUCCUCAAUUACACUGACCUUUGGAUAUCACAAAAUCGAAUUAUACUUGUAAUUUCCUGAUACAAUUAUUACAUGGGCUCCUAAUAGGAUUCAGUACACAUGUGUUAGUCAUUACCCCGAUACCAAAUAUAUAAUGCUGGUUGGUUUCGCAAUGACGUAGGGCAAUGUAUGCAUUGUACAUUACGAGGUGAAACUGAUCACCUGACCAGAUUGAUGAGACACUGUAGUCCGUUGAGAGCAAAAAGGGCCUUCAGUCUCUGCUGGACUACAUACAAGUAGACUUAUGACCUUAUAUCCCUCAAAAAUCAAUUUAUGACAGGCACAACUAUGGUAAGAUGAGACACUGUAGUCCAUUGAGAGCUUACAGGGCUUUUACUCUCUGUGGUACUGCAUCGACUUGUGACCUUAUAGCCCUCAAAAAUCAAUUUAUGACAGGCACUUCGGGUCUGGCACUCUAACAAGGCUAUCUAAUGGAUACUCCCAUUCACUUUCACUAUGAUAAAAAGAAAAUAAAGCAAGCUUGAAUUGCUCUGCUGAUAUAUUACAUUCUUUAUUGAGUGACUAUAUGCUAUACAGGGGUAGGUGUUCAAUUUAUUUUUCAAUUUCACUCUUGCUCUUAACCUCAGAGGAUUCUCCAUUAAAUAUUCAUGACUGGAUUUUGUAAAAUCCAA